AUGAUCCUCUUCACCUCCCCGCAUCACCACUACGUGACGCCCAAAUUCUACACGGAGACAAAACCGGUCACGGGCAAAGUAGCGCCCACGUGGAAUUAUAGUACAGUGCAGGUGUAUGGUACCGCGACUGUGUAUUUUGAUCCAGAGGAACAAGCGACGGGGGCAUUUCUGGAUGCGCAGUUGCGUGAUUUGUCGGCGCAUUGUGAGGGCCAGGUUAUGGGGUUUGAGGGGGAGGAGGCGUGGAGUGUGGAUGAGGCGCCGGAGGGGUAUCUACGGGUUUUGAAGAGGAAUAUUGUCGGGUUGAGUGUGGAGAUUGACAGGAUUGAGGGCAAGGUGAAGAUGAGUCAGGAGAGGAAACCGGGGGAUAGGGAGGGUGUUAUCAAGGGGUUUGAGGCUUUGGGGACUGAUACGGCGAAGGAGGUUGCCAGGUUGGUGAGGCAAAAGGGGGAUAGGGUUGGGGGGUGA